AGCGUAGUGAUGAUUUUGAUAUUUUGGACUCCAAGACACUUCGUUAGCACGUUUUAGGCAAUAAUUUUCGCAUUUAGCUGAGCUUUCCGUUAAGUUUCUUAAUGAAGAAAAUUAAACGAAUUUUUCGCUACUACUUGUUUGCUUUUUUAGUGUUAUUCAUUCUUGUUUUAGGCAACUCAAAGAAGAUAACUUUCGACUCAUGUUGAGAGGAACAGUGAACCUCUAUAAACCUGACAAGCUGGCUUGAGUGCGCCGGAUAUGUAGAAAAUUUGUUUUGUUGCAUCAUGCAUGUUGCUGAAUGAAAUUGUUUAUGCCGGUGGUUGUACAAGACACUUUUCAACAUUUUAGGGAGUUCAGCACUGGAUGAGCCACAUAUUGUGCUGUUGUAAUUGUUUGAGAAGGGGGAAGACUUAAAAGAGAUUGGCAUCACUGGCAUUGGACACGUCUAGCACCUGCUUUUCGCCUUAAAAAUGCCGCUGCGGCUUGAUAUUAAGCGGAAGCUGACAGCGCGCUCGGACCGCGUCAAAUGCGUGGACAUUCACCCCUCAGAGCCAUGGAUGCUGGCUUCGCUCUACAACGGCAACGUCCAUGUCUGGAACCACGAGACGUCGCAGCUGAUCAAGUCGUUCGAGGUCUGCGACCUACCGGUACGCGUGUGCAAGUUCGUGCCGCGGAAAAACUGGAUCAUCACGGGCUCGGACGACAUGCAGGUGCGGGUGUUCAACUACAACACCCUGGAGCGGACGCACAUGUUUGACGCGCACUCGGACUACAUCCGCUGCAUCGCCGUCCACCCGACGCAGCCCUUCAUACUGACCAGCAGCGACGACAUGAUGAUCAAGCUGUGGAACUGGGACAAGCUGUGGGCGUGCCAGCAGGUGUUUGAGGGCCACACCCACUACGUGAUGCAGAUCGUCAUCAACCCCAAGGACAACAACACGUUCGCCAGUGCCUCGCUCGACAGGACCAUCAAGGUGUGGCAGCUGGGCUCGGCCACGCCCAACUUCACCCUGGAGGGCCACGACAAGGGCGUCAACUGCGUCGACUACUAUCACGGCGGCGACAAGCCCUACCUCAUCUCGGGUGCCGACGAUCGGCUGGCCAAGAUCUGGGACUACCAGAACAAGACGUGCGUGCAGACGCUCGAGGGACACGCCCAGAACGUGUCGGCAGUGUGCUUCCACCCGGAGCUCCCUAUAAUCAUGACUGGCUCGGAGGAUGGCACCGUCCGCAUCUGGCACGCCAACACCUACCGGCUCGAGUCGACACUCAACUACGGCCUGGAGCGCGUGUGGACCAUCAACGCUACGCGAGCCACCAACAACGUGGCCAUCGGAUACGACGAGGGCAGCAUCAUGAUCAAGGUCGGCCGUGAGGAGCCAGCCAUGUCGAUGGACUCGAGCGGCAAGAUCAUCUGGGCCAAACACUCGGAGAUCCAGCAGGCCAACCUGAAGGCGAUCGGUGACAGCGAGCUGCCGGACGGCGAGCGGCUGCCGCUGGCCGUCAAAGACAUGGGCAGCUGCGAGAUCUACCCGCAGACCAUCGCGCACAACCCCAACGGAAGGUUCGUGGUGGUCUGCGGCGACGGCGAGUACAUCAUCUACACGGCCAUGGCACUGCGCAACAAGGCGUUCGGCUCGGCGCAGGAGUUUGUCUGGGCGCUCGACUCGUCCGAGUACGCCGUCCGAGAAAACUCCACCACCAUCAAACUGUUCAAAAACUUCAAGGAGAAGAAGGCCUUCAAACCGGACUUUGGCUGUGAUGGUAUUUUCGGCGGCCAGCUGCUGGGAGUGCGUUCCGUCUCCGGCCUGGCCUUCUACGACUGGGAGAGUCUGGAGCUGGUCCGGCGUAUCGAGAUCACUCCCAAGCACGUCUACUGGUCCGAGGGCGGCACCCUGGUGUGUAUUGCCACCGAGGAGAGCUACUUCAUCCUCAAGUACUCACCCGAGGAGGUGGCCAAGGCGCAGGAGACCAAGGAAGGUGUCACCGAGGACGGCAUUGAAGACGCCUUCGACGUGCUGGGUGAGGUCCAGGAGACGGUGAAGACGGGGAUCUGGGUUGGCGACUGCUUCAUCUACACCAACGGCGUCAACCGGCUCAACUACUACGUCGGCGGAGAGAUCGUCACCGUCGCACACUUGGACAGGACGAUGUACCUGCUCGGCUACCUGCCCAAGGACAACGCGCUCUACCUGGGCGACAAAGAGCUGAACGUGGUGGCCUUCUCGCUACUGCUCUCGGUGCUCGAGUACCAGACAGCCGUGAUGCGCCAGGACUUCGCCACGGCCGACCGCGUGCUACCCACCAUCCCCAAGGAGCAGCGCGCGCGCGUGGCGCACUUCCUCGAGAAGCAGGGCUUCAAGCAGCAGGCGCUGGCUGUCUCCACGGAUCCGGAGCAUCGGUUUGAGCUGGCGCUCCAGCUGGGAGAGCUGAAGGUGGCCUACGAGCUGGCGCUCGAGCAGCAGAGCGAGGCCAAGUGGAAGCAGCUGGCCGAUCUGGCCACCAGCAAGGGCCAGCUUGGUCUGGCGCAGGAGUGUCUGCACAAGGCCAAUGACUACGGCGGCCUGCUGCUGCUGGCCACCGCCGCAGGUAACGCGCCGAUGGUGGCUAAGCUGGGCGAGUCGGCGGCCACCGGCGGCAAAAACAACGUGGCCUUCCUGUCCUACUUCAUCACCGGCCACCUGGAGCAGUGCCUGGACGUGCUGAUCCAGAGCAAGCGGCUGCCAGAGGCCGCCUUCUUCGCCAGGACCUACCUGCCCUCUGAGGUAUCGCGCGUGGUCGCCCUCUGGAAGGAGUCGCUCAGCCAGACCAGCGAGAAGGCGGCCCGGUCUCUGGCCGACCCGGCUGAGUAUGACAACCUGUUCCCGGAGCGGCCGGCCACGCUGCGGGCGGAGCAGUUCGCGGCGCAGCAGCGCGCCCGGCCCGUGCCGGCGCAGGCGGCUGCGUCACUGCCGCCCAACUGGGAACGGGACCUGCUGGCGGAGACGGCGGCGGCCACAGAGGCUGGCAAGUUCACCUACCGGCCACCAGAGGCGCCACAGGAGAACGGCGACAUCUCAGACCCCGACUCCGCUGCGGCGGCGGCGGCUCCGGCAGCCUCCUCGUCAGCGCGGCCCCUGGUGACGGACACCAGUGAACCCCCGGCAGCCCGAGUACCCGCCGAGCCGCCCGCCCCCGCUCCCGCUACCGCCCCCGCUGCAGCCGCCCCCGCCCCCGCCCCAGCACCGGCCGCCUCUGCCCCGGCUCCGCCUGGGGCGGCCGGCAAGGCGGCUCCCUCUAAAAUGGAGCGGGAUCUGGACUUGGACCUGGAUCUAGACGACAUGAACCUAGGAGAUGACGACGAUAUCGACGUAGGGGACAUCAACCUGGAUGACGAGGACUUGUUGGAGGACUGAGCGAGGUAGAGCGGAGGGGUGGAGAGAGGGGAUAGAGCGGUGCGGCCGCCGACCAUUCCAGCGGAGACCGGGAACAGUGGCCUGGAGCGCCGCGGCGCCCAGCCUGGCCCGUGGCGGACACGGACACAGAGCGAGCGGGGCGUGUGAUCGGUUGUUACGACCUCUGCUGUGCCGAGGUAGAGGUGACAGCGGCGUGAGCGGGCAGAGUGGCCGGGCCGGUGCCAUACUGAGCUGACCCGGCCCUGGUGGUGGCUGAUUGGCCGGCGCGGUGACCUUGACACGGCCUUGACCGGACGCCCCGCAGGCACGUUGACAGUGCCGCCGCGCCGCCGCGCGCCGCUGCAGAUUUCUCCUUAUUUUAUCGGGGUCGUUUUCUGCCUGAGAGUGUGUUGUCUGCGCCGUGCUGUGGCAGCCGUCGAAUAAAUUCCCUAUUUAAUUGUACUUAGUCAUGUUUUAUACAUGUGGGCUGCUGCAUAUCUGGUGGCGUCAGUGAUUGGCCGGCUUGCCUAUAUAUUAUAUAAGGAAGUCUGUUGAGAAAUUGCGCCAGCACGGCCUGCCUACGGUAGACACACGAUCCUACGAACACGUCUGAAUUAUAUGUGGACCGCUCAUGUCUCUGUAAAUACAUGGCUAAGAGGUUGGAUUUGUUCCAUUCGCGAAAGCGCUGUUCGAAACCAGUGAGACCGGUUGGUUUAUACAAUAUAUAUUAUGCGAGGUUUGGAA